AUGACUGAUUUACAAUCCUACAAACCCGUUUCACUCUCCGACAUCGAUUCGGCGCCUGAAACUCAGUUUCCUGAGCUCAACGAUGAACAAAAAGCAUUAGCUGCUCAGUAUGAGACCAUUUCUGGUCGUCUUGACGAGAAGGAAUCAUUGACCUUGUUGAACGAUGGAUUACGAACCUCCACUUUUUUGACUGGAAAUCAGCCCAGCAAGGCGGAUUUGGUUGUUUUCAAGGCUGUUCUCCCUGUAGCAGCGCAAUGGAAAGAUACUGACAAAAUUGCCGCUUACAGACACAUCAUUAGAUGGGCCGAUUUGGUGCAAAACACCUUGGUUUCGGUUCCAGAUGCCAACAAAUUGGUAGUAGACCACAAUGUGGAGCUCCCCAGAGAAGUCAAGGAGAAGAAGAAAGACAAGAAGGACGACAAAAAAGAGGACAAAAAAGAUGACAAGAAGGAGGAAACCAAGGCUAAAGAAGAGAAAAAAGCCGGUGGGGAACUCACUGAAGAAGAAAAGAAAGCUCGUGCUGAAGCUGCCAAAGCUAAGAAAGCCGCCAAGGCCAAGGCCAAAGCUGAGCUCAAUGCUAAACAAGCUGCCACUCAAGCUCCUCCCAACCCAGCAAUGGUGGAUUUCAGAGUUGGUUUCAUUCAAAAAGCCGUCAAGCAUCCUGAUGCCGAUUCAUUAUACAUGUCUACCAUUGAAAUGGGAGACGAAGAUGGUCCUCGUACUAUCUGUUCUGGUUUGGUGAAGCAUGUGGCUCUUGAAGACAUGCAAGAAAGAUACGUGGUGGUUAUUGCCAACUUGAAACCGGUGACCAUGAGAGGUGUCAAGUCUUGCGGAAUGGUGCUUUGUGCCUCUAAAGAUGGUAAAGUUGAAUUUGUUAAUCCUCCACCAGGAUCGAAGGCGGGUGACAAGUUGUUUUUUGAGGACUUUAACGGCACUCCCGAAAAGCAAUUGAAUCCCAAAAAGAAGAUUUGGGAAGCGGUUCAGCCCAAAUUCACCACUACAGAGUCGUUUGAGAUCACCUACACAGAAGAGGGUAAGGAGCCCAAAAAGUUGGUCAAUGAAAAGGGUGAGCCAUGUAAAAACCUGACUUUGGUUGCCGCCAAUGUCAGCUAA